AUGGUCUCCACAACAGACUCUGCCGUAGAUCCACCUCAACAGACGGGCGCUGCACCUAAUGAGCGUAAUAGUGCUCUGGAGCCUCGACGAAAUGGUGAUACGGGCCCUCGUGAGGUGUCAGCCAAUGCUUCGUCCACGCGCAUGACCAGGAAUCGCAAGCUCCUCGCGGAAGGGAAAGAGAUUCGCAAACCACAAUACAACGUCCGUCAACUGGCUAAUGGGCACCUGUCAGGGGGGAAGAUAAAGGAAAAGCCGCGCUGGUAUAACCAGACAUAUAUUAUGUUUCUGGCCUUAAGGCAGGCUGGAGAACCAUUACCCCGUGGUGUCCUCAUUCCAAAGGCUUUGGCAUUGGACAAGGAGAUAUCUAGACAACGGGGACUUCCCCCGCUGUUUGGAGGAAAAACACCGCAAAACACCGCAAGUGGUAUCUUGACUGAGAACCGCGACAAGCUUUUCAUAUCCUUUAUACCAGAAGGAAAGAAACAUGUGCAUUUCAAACUUGCGUACGAGCCUGGAAACUUUGAGACUGCGCUGGAAGCCUACAAUAAGUGGAUGGAUGCGCUGAUUCACAAAGACUGGCCCUAUCUCUUUAGCAAACGUCGAAAGGAAUGGGAGACUACGCCGAUCAAUACAGACAAAAGCCUGGGGAUAUGCAGAAAAAAUGUGACAAUUGAAAGCCCAGCGCCUUCAGAUGUUCAGGAUGCGGCUUUGCAAAUCAACCCUCCUUGCGAUGCGGAGAGAAAGCGGAAACGAGAAGCCGAGAAGGAAAAUGAACAGCAGUCGCCUAAGAAGCAUCGAACAGAGAGUUCAGAGACGAAGAGUGUCGAAAGCGGACCGUCAUGUACCGUAGACUAUUUUGCUGAUGUUAUGAAUAGCGUGGAGAAUGCCAAAGCUCGAGCGGUCAUGGAACAGUCUCAUGCCCUUGGGCAUAAGGAUGAUGACGUUGCAUUGGAUGCGAUAUUCGAAGCGGCAGAAGACGAUGACAUUCCAACGUCCUUGGAUCAAGUGGUGGAAGUGAAGGAGUCUACUAUACCGAACGCGGGUCGUGGUCUGUUUGCUAAGCGAUUCCUUCCUGCAUGGACGUUCCUGGGAUUUUAUUUUGGGGUACCAAUGACUGAGGACGAGUUCGAUUCGUUGAAAGACGGGGUUGGGCUGGCUUCGCAUUAUGCUCACCAAUAUCGCCUAACUGUCCUGGAUGCCACCGAUGAAAAAGGGCAGCCCUACUGGAACCAUCCACGGAUCUUUUGUCCAUUUCACUUUAUGAAUGAAGAUCCUAAACGGGCCAAUAUUGUCUUUAAAGAAGGUCAUCAAGUCAAUCAAGUCCUCUGCAUGACUACCAGGGAGAUACAACCUGGUGACGAGCUGUUUGCAAAUUAUGGAAAGUCGGUUGAACGUCAUUGGCAGACCGGGGAGGAUUUACCAUCACAAGCAACCGUAGAUCGUGAUGAGGGCGAGGGAAAAUCACUCGGCACCAACGAAACCGACGCUGUCCAGACGCCCGCAACAGAUAGCUGUCAACCUUCCCAACCUGUCUUUCAACCUGAUACAACACUGCCCACAGACAUUUCCAACAUCAUCGCAACGCCGGUCCUAAGUGACUCUGACGACGAACAUAACCCGGUAAAACCUGGUCGAGAAAUAUCCUCUCAAGUUCCAACGGGAAAUGCCCACUGGCCAAGUCCGGAGCCGACCGAUUUAUCAAGUGAGAUCGAUGUAUGA